CCCAAAUAUAAUUCACUAUGUUGUAAUAGAAAAAAAAGACCUAAAUCGCAACACUGCCGCCCGUCCCCUCCGCUUCUCCACCUCUCACUCUAAUACAGCCGCACGCCUCCCUUCUCCCGCCGAUCGCCCCUCUGCUCUUGACGCUGUCAAAUUCGUUGCUGCAUCCGCUGGUCCUGGUUGCUUCUCCGCUUCCGCCGCUUCCUCUGGUCCUCGUCGCUGCUUCCGCUGGUCCAGUACUUUUGCUGUCUGGUGCUGCUCCUCGUCCUCAAUCACGCCGCCGUCGCUCCUCGCCGCGUCUUUAGUCACUGCAGGUUUGAAUGGGUUUUGAGAUUGUGGUUUCAGAUAUGUGCCUUUUGUGAGAUCUAUUGAUGCGGGUUUCUGAAAUUUCUGGAAAUGUUAAGAUUUAUGUGGAUGUGUUCGGUGUUGUAUAUGUGAGAUUUAUUGAUAAUUUGUUAUAAUAAAGACUAUUGUGAAUGGAUUGGGAGUUGUUUUAUUGAGAUUUCUGAAAAUGUAAGAUUUCUGGAAUUCUUGGAAAUGCUAAGAUUUAUGCAAAUGUGCUGAGGGUUGUAAUUGUGAGAUUUAUUUAAAAUUUGUUGAAAUAAACACUAUUUUGAAUGAAUUCAGUGUUGUUUUUAUGAGAUUGAAAUGGGUUUCUGAAUUUCAUUAAAAUGCUAAUGUGUGAUUUUGCCUGAAAUUCUUUUUAUUUUUUAUUUUUUAUUUUUUGUGAUCACGAGUUAAAUGGGUUUGGGAAGUUUUUGGUAGUAUGGGUAAUGGUAAAUGGGUUUGGCACAGAUACAGGUUUGGUAUGGAUUUGGGUAGUGUAAUUUGUAAACAGGUGCGCGAUCGGGUACUUAAAAUUUCCUGGGUACUCUACCCGGUACCAUCCCCUGGAUGACCAAAGAUGCACACUAAGAUUAGCCCAUUAGAACCUGUCUGCAGUUCAGUUCAUUCUUCAGUUGUGCACGACUGUUGUGAGUAAAAAUCAAAAGAGAUGCAUCAAGUGAUAGAAGAGGAAAAUGAGGAACGUCGCCAUCAAAGGAAGAUGGAAGAGGUUCUUGAAGUCAAAUCCCUUAGGCGCAUUAUCAGUGCCUAUCUCAACUAUCCAGAUGCUGCAGAAGAGGAUGUAAAAAGAUAUGAAAGAUCUUUCAAAAAGCUUCCGCCUGCCCACAAGGCUUUACUAUCCCACUAUCCUUUGAAGUUUCAAAGACUAAGAAGGUGUAUUUCUAUGAAUGCUUACUUCAUAUAUAACAUGCUUCAGGCAUUUGAACCUCCCUUGGAUAUGAGCCAAGACAUGGAUGGUUGUGAGGACUCGCACCUUGAACAUGCCCUGCAUGAUAAUCUAUUCAGUGAGGGGAAUUGCUGCUCCAGUCAGUCUACCUCAGCUACUGGAAUGCAUUGUUCCAAACCUGGUGGAGCCUGUUGUGGUCAAGGAAACAACACAAUGUGCAGGUCACCAGAUGGGGUGACAACUGAUGAGGAGGUGCAAAUUGAAGGCUGCUGUGAGCCUGCUACUGGGAGCGAUCGAGGAAGCUUGCAAAAUAGUCAAACAACAGUUGAACUUGCUGAAAAAUAUCACUCUGACUCCAAUGGAAAUGAUGCUUUGUCACAUCAUGAUUGGUUGGAUCCAUCACUCCAGUUUAAUGUUCCCUUGGUUGAUGUUGAUAAGGUCCGAUGUAUAAUAAGGAAUAUAGUAAGAGACUGGGCAAAUGAGGGACAAAAAGAACGUGAUCAGUGCUACAAGCCUAUUCUUGAUGAGCUUGAUUCUUUAUUUCCUAACCGCAGCAAGGAUAGUCCUCCUAUGUGUUUAGUUCCUGGUGCUGGUCUUGGGCGGUUGGCCUUGGAGAUCUCCGGUUUGGGUUUUGUAAGCCAGGGAAAUGAAUUUUCAUACUAUAUGAUGAUAUGCUCAAGUUUUAUUCUUAAUCACACUCGGGCUGCUGGAGAGUGGACUAUACAUCCUUGGAUCCACAGCAAUUGCAAUUCACUUUCAGACAGUGACCAGCUUCGUCCUGUUUCGAUUCCUGAUAUUGUUCCAGCAAGUGCAGGGAUUACUGAAGGUUUCUCCAUGUGUGGUGGAGACUUUGUUGAAGUAUACAGUGAUCCAAGUCAAGUAGGAGUAUGGGAUGCAGUUGUAACUUGUUUUUUUAUUGAUACGGCACACAACAUUAUUGAAUACAUAGAAAUCAUAUCAAGGAUUCUGAAAGAUGGAGGAAUUUGGAUAAAUUUGGGACCCCUACUAUAUCAUUUUGCAGAUACGUAUGGGCAAGAUGAGAUGUCCAUUGAAUUGAGUUUGGAAGAUGUAAAGAGAGUUGCAUUAUAUUAUGGGUUUCAAUUGGAGAAGGAAAGCAGAAUUGAGACAACUUACACAACAAAUCAACGUUCAAUGAUGCAAAACCGGUACUUCACUGCAUUUUGGACGAUGAGAAAGAUGUCCACGGCAACAGAGAAGAAGCAAUCUACAGAAUAAUUAGUUGCUCUUGUGUUAUAAUGGUCUCAAAAUUAUUGCUUCUCGAACUGCAGGUACAGGUGCGUUCAUUUCUUGGUGAAGUCCAUAUUAAUUUAUAUUUGCACUGGGCUCUGAAGAUUUGCAUUGAGAUUAUGGAUUUGUAUCAAGAAGCUAGUGGCCAUUAUUGAGGCUUGAAAAAGUGAGAACUACUUUGUGCUAAUUUCUCCUUAGCCUUUCAUGAAAAGGCAAAAGUCUCUCGAUUCUCUUUGUUCUUAAUGAUUUUCUUCUACUGAUUGCCUUGUGGCGGGAAUUAAUCAUAGUGGUUUCGUUUAUAAAUAAAUCGGGGAUAAAUUCAGUUUA